CAUCCAAACCCAAACCGAUCCCCCACCCCCACCGCCGCAGAUAAAAAUCAAAAAAAAAAAAUCAAAGGCCGCGCCGUACGCCUACCUCCGCCUGGCCCAGCCGAUGGCGCUGCAGCUCCAGCUGCCGCGGCCGCCGCCACUGCGCCUCGCCGCUGUCCGGCUCCCUUCGCCGGCCGCCCCGGCCCGUGGCGCCUCCGCUUCCGCGACCGCCCUCCGCACCCGCGCCGGCGGCGUCGCGUUCUCACUCCAGACGAACGUGCGCCUCCUCAAGCCCAACCGCCGCGUCCGCCGCUCCCGGGACCCCUACUACGACCUCGACGAGGAUGAAGACGACGAGGACGAGGAGUUCGAGGAAGAGGACGACGACGAAGGCUACGACAGCGAUGAUGAUAUGUCAGGUUUGGAAUAUCCUGGUGUACUCUAUUCAAACAGCCCUCGUGCUCCAAGCAAGAGGCCAGGACUGCAGACUCCAUUGAUAAAAGAAAACUGGGAAGGAAGACAACCGAAAACUCGUGAUAAAUAUGGCAGUCUGGAGAAAAUUAAGUCUCUGCUUCCUAGGAGUAAAGUGGGACAAUCAUCACCAGAUCUUAUGAACAUGGACAGUGAAGUAGAGGUAAGUUACUCAGUAUGUCAUUGUAGCCUGUCCAUGUUAUGCAUUUUGGGGCGCACUCUGCACCGAGUAACAUUUUUUUUCUUGUUGCAGUUGAAAAAUGAAAGCAUUUCUCGAAGUUUGUUCCAGAAACUGCAAGAAGAAUAUGAAUUCGAUGACAAAUGGUUACCACUAGUUGAUUACUUGUGCACAUUUGGACUAAAGGAAUCUCAUUUUACAUACAUCUAUGAGAGACACAUGGCCUGCUUUCAAAUCAGUCAGGCUUCAGCAGAGGAAAGGUUGGAUUUCCUGCUAAAUGCUGGGGUUAAAAGCAAGGAUAUGAAGAGGAUACUGGUUAGGCAGCCACAGAUUCUGGAAUACACUCUUAGCAAUCUGAAGUCUCAUGUUGAUUUUCUGGUGGGCAUUGGGGUUCCCGGUACACGAAUAGGGCAAGUUAUUUCUUCUGCUCCUUCGAUGUUCUCUUACAGCGUGGAGCAGUCUCUGAAGCCAACGGUAAGGUACCUGAUUGAGGAAGUAGGUAUUGAGGAGAGUGAUGUGGGCAAAGUAGUGCAGCUAAGCCCACAGAUUCUGGUGCAGAAAAUUGAUAGCGCAUGGAAAUCUCGAUAUCUUUUUCUAUCAAAAGAAUUAAGUGCUCCCAAAGAUAGCAUUGUUAAGAUGGUGACAAAACACCCUCAGCUACUUCAUUACAGCAUCGAGGAUGGAAUCUUGCCUCGCAUCAACUUCCUGAGAAGCAUUGGUAUGAGAAACUCUGAUAUUCUCAAAGUACUGACAAGUCUUACUCAGGUGUUAUCAUUGUCCUUGGAGGGCAAUCUCAAGCCAAAGUAUCUUUACUUGGUUAAUGACCUUAAGAACAAUGUUCAAGCCUUAACAAAAUAUCCAAUGUACCUGAGCUUGUCUCUCGAUCAGAGAAUUCGUCCCCGCCACCGUUUUCUUGUUUCAUUGAAGAAAGCUCCAAAGGGUCCAUUUCCUCUGAGCUCCUUUGUGCCCACAGAUGAGCGUUUUUGCCAGAGGUGGGCUGGGACUAGCUUGGAGAAAUACCAUACAUUCAGACAGAGCUUGCUGCUUACAGGUUUUGCUGAGAAGUCUGGAAGGAAAACAUUAGUCUCAAGACGGUAGAUAGCUAGCUGGUGGGGAAUGGGUUUCUUUUGAGCCUAUGCUCUGAACGGAAAUGGGUUUCAUAGCUGACUUGAUACUUUGACGAUCAGUGGGUAUAAUAAAUACUUCACUAACUACAGCUUAUAUUGUAUUGUUCAUAUCACCUCCCUUUACGAAGUCUUCAUCAGAUUCCCCCGAUCAGUUGCAACUGAAUGGUCAUCUAAGAGAACUGUGUUAUGCCAGAAUGGUUGGCGGGACAACCGGCUAUCUAGUUCUAGGGGUAUCUCAACUUGGUUGCUAGUUACUAUUAACACAACUGCUGAACAAAAUGAUACUAAGUAGCCUAACGGUGUAAGAGGGCCAUUAAGGGCAGCCUUGUGGACCGCUGUAGUCCUGUAAUGCCGUUUAAGGCUUGUUAUCAUGAAUUACAAAGACUCUUGUACUUGCUAGUUCCUACCAUUUCUUGGUCCAGUGUUGAAAGACCACCUUAUGAUGUACUGUCAGGCUGUAUUGUGCUAUAGUACUAACUAUAAACAGGGAGCUGUUUGGAUCCAUUAGCUAA